AUGAUUGAGAUAGACAACACUUCCCUGAGCAGCGUGCGUGCUGCCACGAAAGCCAUUCUCCAAAAAUCGAACGGCCAAGUCAACAUCCUAGUCAACAACGCCGGCAUCAUGGCUCUGCAAAAGUUAGAGCACGCUCAGGACGGCUUUGAAAUGCAGUUUGGAGUCGACCACCUUGCCCACUUCCUACUCUUUGAGCUCUUGAAGUCAGCUCUUCUCGCCAGCGCUAGCCCUGGAUUCUCUUCUCGAGUCGUCAACGUCGCUUCUUCUGCCCAUCCUGUCACAUCGACCAAUGAAUCAGGCAACUACAAUCUUGAUAAGAUUAAGUACAACGACUAG